CAAAUAACCCUCUUGAAAGCAAAGGUCAAGGGUAGCAAUAGCUUUAAGCUAAGAAAUUACUUUUAAGAAAUGGCUUCCUCAGUUAUGUCCUCAGCAGCUGCUGUUGCGACCGGCGCCAAUGCUGCUCAAGCCAGCAUGGUUGCACCCUUCACUGGCCUCAAAUCCGCGUCCUCUUUCCCAGUUUCCAGGAAACAAAAUCUUGACAUUACUUCCAUUGCUAGCAAUGGUGGAAGAGUUCAAUGCAUGCAGGUGUGGCCACCAAUUAACAAGAAGAAGUACGAGACACUCUCAUACCUUCCUGAUUUGAGCGAGGAGCAAUUGCUUAGGGAAGUUGAGUACCUUUUGAAAAAUGGAUGGGUUCCUUGCUUGGAAUUCGAGACUGAGGUCAACAUCUAUUCUAAAUCUUGCUACUAUUAUCAAGCAUAACUAACAUGAAUUACU